AUGGCCGCCACGACCUCCACCUUCCUUCGCGCCGCCCAGCCCCUCCUCCUCCAUAGUGGAGCUCCUGCCUCUUCUUCCUCCUCCGCCGCCGCCGCCGCGAUCUUCCCUCUCCGGCGAUCCUCCCUCCUCCCCCUCUUCUCCACUCUCUCCCCUCCAAUCCUCCCCCUCGAGGCAGACGACCCCAAUUCCUCUCCCCCCUUUCCCUACGGACCCUCCCUCCGCAAAGGGCUCCGGCCGCCGUCGCCGCCGAUACCGGAGGAUGAAUCCAAGGCGGCGGCGGUGGCGGCGCCGCUGCUCGAUAGGGAGAGCUUCACUCGCGUCCUCCUCCUGGCGGCGCUGCGGGUGCCGGCGGAGCUCUGCGCCGCCCUGGAGGGCCGCCUCCGCGGUCACCUUCUCAACUGGCCCCGAGUCCGCAAUGUCGCUCGCGUCUCCGGCGACGAUCUCGAUCCCGCCGUCGCCGGCCUCCUGAGAGAUCGCCGCGGCGGCGGUGAGGACCGUCUCCGGCCGGCGCUGCGACGGGAGGAGGAAGAAGAGGAAGAGGAUCCGUCGCCGGAGAUGCUCAGCCCGGUGCUGUACAGGGAGAAGCUGGUCAAGGAUUUCAAUCACCGAGGAUUUCUGAAGUUCCGAAACCUGGCCAAGCUGUCGCGGCCGAGGAAGAGGAAGAAGAAGACGGAGGAUGAAGCUGGAGAGGGGAGCAGCAGCAGGAGGGGCAAGCGGGAAUUCGCCGUGGUCGAAGUGGUGGAAGAUUCCGGAGAGGGAGAGGAAGAGGAGCAGGAGCACUGGGGACGACUGCUCGGCAACGGCUUCGCCGCCGGCGGCUGGCCGGGGCCGACGAGGUUACUCCUGCUGGACGAGCGCUACGCCGACAGAGGCCCCGAGGAUCUACCCGAGGCCAUCAAGGUGUCAAAUCUUCUCCACUCCUUGGUUUCCUUCGUAGACUUCUCCUCAUCUCUCCAUGCGCACAAGAUGUUUGCUGUUUUGACUCUGAGAGUGGCUUCAUUAGAUCUUGGGAUCUAGAGAGAGAAAUAAGUCUGAGAGUCUGAGCGAGAAGGAGAAAAGAAGGGGGAUUGGUGGCCAGUGGGCCUGAGAAUUCACAGAUACAUAGAUAGAUAGAGAGAGAGAGAGAGAGAAGAAGGGAGAAGGGGGAUUGGGGGACGGUGAUCCUGCUGAGUAUUUAGAGAGAGAAAAGAAGGGAGGGAGGCCUCAAAAUCAACUGGGCCCAUUUGACUCUGCUUCGAUAUUAUAUCAGUCCUCUCUCUCUAUCUCUUACUAGUUAUUUAGUCCUGCAUUUCUCUUAUACUAGAAUUUUAAUUUAUUUAUGUCAUAAAUAAUUUUGUGUUGUAGUUCAACGAAUAAUUCAGCCUGAGAUUUGUCAAAAAAAAUGUUUUUCUUUUUGUGGAUGGUAAAAAAGGAAUUCCCCUUUGACUCCAGGCCGUCAUGCGCGCGGAUGCGACACCUGGCAAGCCGUCAGAGUACCAGUUCGUGCGAUGCCGGUUGACUCUAUCUUACGACUACUGGUCAACCAAUGAGGUGACGGCAUAUAUUUUAGCUCGCUCUUCUUUGGAAAAGUUAUUCAAAUAUAAUAUUCAUAAUAUAAAACCCCAAUAUAUUACCAUAAAUGAAUUUUUAUAUCAUCAUUAUGACGUCACCUCCUCCCCAGAUCUUGGAAGGGCUUCUUCCGGAGGGCGUGGUCGCCCCCUCGGCCUUCGAGACGGUCGGUCACAUCGCCCAUCUGAACCUCAGGGAGGAACAUUUCCCGUUUAGGAAAUUAAUCGCCCAGGUGCCUUCUCUCUCUCUCUCUUUCUCUCUCAGCGUUGACCUCUGCGCUGAGGAGUGGUUUCCAUUUCAGGUAAUUUUGGACAAGAACAGGCCGAAGAUCCAGACGGUGGUCAACAAGACGGACGCCAUCCAGAACGACUUCCGGACGAUGCCGCUCGAGGUCCUCGCGGGGAACCACUCCCUGGUGACCACCCUCCUCGAGAGUGGGACCCGCUUCCAAGUCAACCUUGCCACCGUGUACGACCCCUCCCUCCACCACCAGUCAACGUGGUAUUAGUCAACGCUGGGGCUCUUCGUUGCGGCUGAAAGUUGCUUGUUUAUUUUUUCUGAAGCUACUGGAAUUCUCGGCUGGCGACGGAGAGGCAGAGGCUCAUCGGCGGCUUCAGCGGCGACGACGUGCUCUGUAAGCGCCCUAGACCGAUGGUUCUCCGGCCAGUUGACUUUUCCCCCGUUGACCGAAGGAAGGUCCCCGGUUUUUCCGGCAGGCGACGUCUUCGCCGGCGCCGGCCCAAUCACCGUCGCCGCCGCAAAGAAGGUGAGGCGCGUCUACGCCAACGACCUGAACCCGGAGGCGGUGGAGUACCUGCAAACGAACGUCGCCCUCAACAAGCUCCAGAGGAAGAUCGAGGUGGGGGAGUUCCUUCGAGAGAAACAGAACGUUGACUACACUGCCGCCGUUGACUCCGCCGCCGCCUUUUUGUUGCAGGUGUUCAACAUGGACGGGAGGCGCUUCAUCGAGGCCGUCUUCUCCAGGGAGGCCGCUGCCUCCGCCGCCGCCACGCAGGUCGUGAUGAACCUCCCCAAGGAUGCCGUUGAUUUCCUCGAUGUGUUCAGGGGGCUGUUCGCGAAGGGGCGGGGCGGUGGCGCCGCCGCCGCCGCCGAUCGCCGUCGGGCGCUGCCGAGGAUCCACGUGUACGGCUUCUCGAAGUCCCAGGAUCCGGAAUUUGACUUCCGUGAGGUCGACAGCUCCGCCGCCAUGCCUCCGCCGCCGUCUCUUUUGCUCUUCGCGUUGACUUUUUUUUUGAGUUUCAGAGGAUCGCGGUGGCACUGGGCUGCGAGCUCCCCCUCGACGUUGAUGUCCACCGCGUGCGCCUCGUCGCCCCCGGCAAGUGGAUGCUCUGCGGCUCCUUCCUCCUUCCCCCCGCCGUCGCCUUCGCCCUCCGAUGA